CACCCAUACUUCUCAAAAACGUAUAAAAUGUAACCCUAAAACAAUAGAAGAGGUUAAAAUCUGAGGUGACAAGGCUUCUGUGUGUGACCCUGGUUUGGCCCGCGGGUUAUGCCCGGUAUGCGGGCUGCUUUCUCUCCUCGUCGCUUCACGUUGUCGCUGUCACGGUAACACCUGCCAACUUCCUUUCUCAACGCCGCCACCAGCCCUAAUCGGUAACAACGCUCGUAAACAGAUCCUUCUCGCGCGCCUGAGAGAGAUGAGAGGAGCGAGAGAGCGCAGAGUAUCUAUCACUGCCUUCCGGACAGUCCCGAGACUCUUCACCAGCGGCACCUCACAGUCUGAUAAACCCGACAAGGACGCACUUUUCUGUUGGCUGGAGGGAUUGCUGAGGAGGAAACUCAUGAGAUGAAAAUUUAACUGGAUCAAGAGGACAACUUAAGAUAGAGUACUUGAGAAGGAUGGCUUUUUGAUACCUAAUUUAAAAAAGCUGGAGUGACUUAUUCCUUGACUAAAAACGCUUCACCGAUUAUGGACUAACGACAACCCAACAGAAACAGAGGAAGAACUUCCUGUGGGAUGCAGUUCCAUCUGAGCCUGGGAAACCAUAGCCUGUGUUUUACACAAAGCCUCUGAUGUGAGGAGCAGCAGAUGACCAGUAAAGGAGCUGAAUGAGAAAUCUGCAGUCAUCUGUUCUGUCAGCUAACUGCUAAAACUACCAACAGCCCUGAAUCAACUCUGUUCCAAGUUGAUUUAAUCCUUUCCACUCACUUGAAUCAAUGUGAUCUAAUCUAACCCUGAAGAAGCAGGUAUUCUCUGACAUAAGGAGAUGAAACGAGAACGUUUUAAGCCACCAGAACCAGAUGACCCUCUGUGCUGCUGUGGGGACAUCGACCAGCAAAGGGAGUACUGCUGCUGUGACUGUGAAGAACUCGACGAUGCCUGCGAAAGGUUACUCAGAGGAGAGCCAGACAAGCCAGACGUGUUUUCGCGUUUCAUCUCUCGUAUGGCUGAUCGUUUGGGUGUGUCAUGUUGCACCGUAGGACCUCUUCGACUGGAACUCUCUGUUUUACCUCCCAUGGUUUUAAUCCCUGGCCUGUUGCGAGUCGCAGCGAUUAAUUGCUUGUUGGGAGUUAUAAUCCUAACAGCGCUUCCACUACUGGUGCUUUGGUAUUACUAUAUGACUCACAGAAGAAAAAGACGCACAUUAUUUUUCCUCAGUUUGGCACUUUUUUCCCUCGCCUACAUGUACUAUCUUUUCCUGACUGAGAUCGUCCCCAGAGGAGAUGUAACUCAUCUGCAGGUGGUUACCGCAACGACGGGCAUGAUGCUGACGCUCAUCUCCCUUGUGCGCACCAAACAGGGACCGGGCUUUGUCAAAUCCCAGUCUUUAGCUCUGGGAAUCAACAGUAGCCUUGCAACCAAUCGAAGCACAAACUUAACAUUAGACACAGACCUGCGUAAUGGAGUCAGCCAUUUAAAGGGAGAGAAGGAUGUGAAGAAGAAGUGUCCUGUGUGCCAACUGGUGCGCCCACCAAGGGCGGGGCACUGCAGAAUCUGUGGGGCAUGUGUCCUACGAAUGGACCACCACUGUGUUUGGAUAAACAGCUGUGUAGGCCAAGCGAAUCACAGACAGUUCAUCUUGACGCUCCUUCUCUUCCUGCUGACAUCAUUCUAUGGGAUCAGCUUGGUUUUGCGGAGUAUCUGUCCAAAACAGAGUCUGUUCACAGCCAUGCUUUACUGCCCUGGAGUCUACAACCAGUACAGCACAGCACUGUGCUUCACAUGUGUGUGGUACAGUGUAAUCAUUACAGGGGGUCUGCUCCACCUGUUUAUCCUUCAGAUCAUCAACGUCAGUUGCAACGUAACAGAACGUGAAGCUCAGAUUGCUUUGCGCAACAAAACUGGCAGACGUCGUUUCUGCGGCCUGGUUGUAGAGACUGGCGACCACUCACGUGGCUUCCUCCAGAACUGGAUUCAGUUCCUCACAAUGAACAUGGAUGAGAUUGGAUCCUCCCUCAACCUCACAGAUAUGCCCCAGCAAACCAUUGCUAGAUCUUUAAAGGAGACUGGAGGCUUGUGCUUCAGUUUGUUAUGGAUGAGCUCAGGACCAUUUGCUGAAGCUGUUCAUUAAAGGAAAUCGGUAAAUUAUGUUCUUGCACAAGCCAAUCAUUUGACUUUAAUAGACUUCAGUGUACCAUCAGGAGUAGUCACCAUUUUUAAUUUUAUUUUUAGCUGUAUGUGUUGUUUUGACUCAAAGUGCUGGUAAAUGUUAAUCUUGAUUAAUUGAACAUUUUAACUCGAUAAUGAAUAAUGAACGAUUAUUUUAUUUCACUAAAGUUUUAAAUGGUAUCAUCGUCAAUGUAGUUCAAAGUAAGGCUCAAGAUAGAGUCCAUCGUCCUACUUGACCGGAGAUCAGAUGUGGCUGUAAAGUGAAGAAGUAAAAAUCACCCAGAGCCUUUAACAGAGCGGGGUCACGUCACUCGUAGGGAAAGUAAUUGAAAAAAAAUCGUCCUGGAAAAAUUAGAUGGAUUAUAGGUUCUGAAUGUCGAUUAAUUGCCCAGCCCUAGCUGGUAGCCAUUGACUUGAUUAUAUGAACCACCAAGGACCCCAGUUUCAGCUAAAUAUUGAAAUAAAGAUUUGUUUUUGUCGUCUUUUACCUUUUUGUAGUUUAUAAAUUAAAUCUGAUACUCAAACUAUCGAUAUAAUAUUGAGGUUAAAACAAACAUUAUUCUUUGACAUUUACAUCUAAAAUAUUUAAUAAUAAAAAGACAUCAGGUGUUUUGUUUGCAUUCUAUUAUAUUAUUACCAUAAUAUUAUUAUUAUUAUUAUAUUGUAUGCUAAUUAAUUCUACAAUAGUAGCGUACCUUGUACACAGUUUAACAGCAUUUUAUCCAACAUGUUUUUUUGUGUGUGUGUUUUUGGACUUGAACCCAACUAAGCAUUGUUACAACCCCUGGCAGUCUAGGGGAGUGUGGUUGUACAUUUGAGCUGAAGAUUUGGUUAUGCAGAAAGUCAAAAGUAAAUUUUGUUACAAAGUAAGGAUGGACAACAAGAAUUAGUAAACAAUUGAUAGUGAUUUAUUUGCAAAAAGUGAUGGUGAAUCAGUGAGUGAGAUAUAUACAGUAUAUACAAUUUCAGAGAAAAUGAGUAAAGAAAUGUUAGAAAGAUUGGCUGUGGGUGGAACGGUUUUACUAAUAUUCACAACCAUUCCCUUCUAAUCUAAUCUAAUCUAAUAAACAAAAGAUAUGAAAAUUAGAAAAUCCAGAGUUUCUUACUUUUUCCUAUCAAAUUUUGACUUUAUGAUGUUCAAAGUUGCCUUGAUAUUGAAUUAUACAAUCUGUCAGGAUGGAGGUGAUCAAUUAGGGAGAGUGAGUCUGUGAUUUAUGUCUAGAUUUGUCUUUAAAAUGGCAAAGUUCACCCAAAAAGGAAACUCAUGAGCUUAUUCUCAAGUAGUUCCACACACAAAACGAAAAUCAUUUGGACAAUGACACAUUCAUUAGUCUUUUACAGAAGACCAGUGAAAGGUUUAGAGCACAUUUGUGCAACAUUGUAUUAUAAACCACACAUUUAUUCGGUGUCAUACAGUUUUGAAAUGACAUAAGAGGAUUUCUAAUUAUUUUCAUAAUAAACUGUAGGCGGCACGGUGGCUCAGUGGUUAGCAUUGUUGCCUCCCAGCAAGAAGGUUGUUAGCUCGAGUACGGGUUGGACCAGUUGGCAUUUCAGAGUUUUCAUGUUCUCCCCAUGUUGGCGUGGGUUUCCUCCAGGUGCUCCAGUUUCCCCCACAGUCUAAAGACAUGCGCUAUAUGUGAGUCGAAUGCACUAAAUUGGCCAUGAGUGCAAGUAUAAAUGCGAGAGUGUAUGGGUGUUUCCCACCACUGGAAGGGCAUCCGUGGCGUAAAACAUAUGCCGGAAUAGUUGCCGGUUCAUUCCGCUGUGGUGAUCUCUGAAAUAGAGACUAAGCUGAAGGAAAAUUAAUGAAUGUUAAACUGUAGAGUGAAGUAUCCCUUUAAAAUGAAAGAGAUUACUCAGAGAACACUGAUUUAUCAUGUGCUAAUAAACCAAAAAAUACAAAUGAAACUCAACGUACAAUCCAAUAUGACUAUAAACAUGCUUCUACCUCUGCAAUGUGCUCUCUCAGGACAAAUGAUGUGAACACAGAUUUCUCUAUUGACAACAGUGUGAUACCUUACGUUGAGGUGUUUUACUGUUCUGUAUGUCAUUCAUAUGACAUAAUGAAUUAACUAUGUGUGAAAAAAUAAAGAAAGAAAAUGUGUCUAAAUGAAUUCUGUCAUUUAUAGAAGGCAGACUGCUGUUCUAGUCUGAGCUUGUGUUGAUAGCGGUGCAAGGGCCAUAAUGAGUGACCUAUAUUUGCAGCAGGAGGGGAGACAGGAAGUGGUUUCUGAGCAGCGCUGGCCCUUUUACCUCUGUGCAAACCACAGGGUGCAGUGAGAACAAGACAAAGAAAGCACAAAAACAUGAUGCAAGACACCAUGAGGAUCAGACACACUCAUCCUGAACAACAUUGGACUCGUCUGUUGAUACUCUUCAUAACACUUAUAACAGAGGCUUUGACAGAAGAUGAAGCAAUUCAGGCUCUGUUGGGUGGGAACGCACCUUUGAACUUUAAGGUUGAUAAAAGUUUAAUAGUAACCCUUACUGAAUGGAGCAGGUGUCCAGAUGAGAAAGUUUUUGUGUUCAGUCCGGUUCAUGGUCUCAGUAUAUUGAACAUCAGCUACGCUGGUCGCCUUUCUGCCAAAUCAAACAACACCAUUGUACUGACAAAUUUACAAGAGAGCGACUUUGGGACUUACUGCUAUAAAGUCACUACUUUUCCACAUGGAAGUCUUCAAGGACAAAUUAAACUGGUCAAAAAGACACCAGAUGAAAAUGGUCUCCCCAUCCUGGUGAUCUCAGUGGGCUGUGGAGCAGCAGCUUUUAUAGUACUUUGUGGAAUCACUGUUGGAGUGGUUUGCUAUAGGAAGAGGAAAAGAAACCUCAGAAAGACUGCGCUGGCCACUGGAAGACAGAACAGACCCAAGAGCACAUGCACAGACAGCGACGGUGAUGGCUAUCUGACUGUGAAAUAACCUAUACGCAAUUGUAGUAUUGGACAUUCGAUUUACUAUGCUGAUGAAUUAUAUUAAAUUGACUGCUUUUAAAAAGACACUGAAAGAUAGAAGAAUUGCUUGGAAAAAAUAACUUUUGUUGACUGGUAGGUAGUUAUAAGUUUAGUAUUAAGAAAUCUUCCACUUUACACUAUCCACUACCCUAAACAGAACAGAGUUUUACCAUUUUUAGUCCACCAAGCCGAUGUCUGUUUCUGGUGAGAGCACUUUUUUAGUUUAGCUUAGCAUAAAUAAUUGAAUCAGAUUAGAUCAUUAGCAUCUCGCUCAAAAAAAGUUUUCCUAUUUAAAUCAUGAGACUUUUCUUAACCCUCUGGGAGAUGUAACAUGAAACUAUUUUCAAAAAAGUGGAGUGUCCCUUUAAAUCAUUCUUGCUUUUAUGACUUUUAUUAACUUUUAAUUGUACUAUAAUAUGUAUAAUUAGUGUUUUGUCCCUUUAACCGUCGACUUUUUCAUGAUAAAAAAAGUAGGAUAAAGAUGGAAAGAAAGAAAGAAUUGUAUUACUGGUGUGAUAAUUUGUUUAUUGGCAGUUCAGUUUAAUCCUCUGAUCUGGCUUUAAAAUGUGAUGAAUUGGGAUAAGCACCAUUUAUUUUAUUGAAAAACAAUUAAUUGUAAAUAAAGUCUCCUUUGUUGAUCUGAAGCAUCUGGAGUAAAAAAGUGAAAAAACAUUCAACAUAAUUCAUCAAACCAAUCUCCAUUUCUCUUGUUGUUCAGAUAGUGGCAGUGUACAAGAGUAAAUGUGCCCGGUCUUAUGGAUAAAUCACUGUGGAUUUCUGUGUAAAUACUGUAAUUAUAAAUAAAUAUUACUGUAAGUAUUAUAAUUAAUAGUUUGGUUAGGAACUGAAGUAAGUAAGGAAAGUUUCUCUUUCUAUUUCUGCAAUGAGAAAUGCUUUAUGUACAGGACAUCUGAUUCACUUACUGAUGUAAACCACAAAGCUUCCUGAGUCCGGAGUGAUCUUUCUAGAAUAAACACACUGCUCAUCGGCAGGAAGAGUCGA